AUGUAGCGGAGGGAGAGAAGUGACGGAGAGCAACAGUAGACGAGGAAGCACCUCUGUGCUGCAUGAUACCACCGUGGUGAUUUCCCUCCACCGCGGAGCCCCGAGAGCAGGAGCCUGUUGCCUGGAAACGCUGGCCGUCACCACAGCAGCGAGGAUCCAGCGCCGAGCUGCGAGUGCUUGUUGGCCCGAGCGGCUGCCAUAGGGGAAACACAGCUGGUCCGCUCUUUGGCUUUUUCACACGCUGCCUGACGCGCUGACAUAGCACUUAUGAAUAAGUAAGGAGUCGCCCCGAUACACCGAACAGAGGAGGUGGGAGGACGAAGUGGGAGGAGGAGGAGGAGGCGGCUCUCAGUUUGGAUGAUGUAGAGGUGAAGAGCGAGGGAGGAAUCUGGAGAUUCAUCUCGGCUGCUGAUUGAAAAGAGCCGAACCUUCAGACAAGCGUGAAGAGGGAGGCGAGGGGUGCACUGGGGAGGGGUGUCUUGGAGGAGCUGCUUGGGUGAAGCCAUGCAGAUCCAGUCCUCUGCUGUCCAGUCCAAAGCCUUCAUCCUCCCACAGAGAUGUGUGUUGGCUUCCAAAAUGGAAAUCCACCGUGAACAGAGUAUCUGCCAGGCGCGAGCUGCCGUGAUGGUCUAUGAUGAUGCCAAUAAGAAAUGGGUCCCAGCCGGUGGUUCUACAGGCUUCAGCAGGGUCCACAUCUACCACCACACAGGCAACAACGCCUUCAGAGUCGUAGGACGCAAGAUUCAGGAUCAUCAGGUGGUGAUAAACUGUGCCAUUCCUAAGGGGCUCAAGUACAACCAGGCCACCCAGACCUUUCACCAGUGGCGCGACGCCAGACAGGUCUACGGCCUCAACUUUGGCAGCAAGGAAGAUGCCAACGUGUUUGCGAGUGCCAUGAUGCACGCCCUUGAGGUGCUCAACUCCCAGGACACAGGCCCCACACUGCCGAGACAAGCCCCUCAGGUUCAGAAUGGACCCACGCAAGAGGAGCUGGAGCUGCAAAGAAGGCAGCAUCAGGAGAUGCAGAGACAGAAGGAGCUGGAGCGUCAGGAGCGCGAGCGUCAGGAACGAGAGCGCCUGGAGCGAGAGAUGCAGGAGCGCCAGGAAAUGGAGCGGCAGGAACGCGAGCGGCAGGAGCGGGAAGCGCAGGCGGAGAGGGAGCGACUGGAGCGGGAGCGCCAGGAGCAGCAGGAGCGCGCCGAGCGUGAACUGAUGGAGAGGGAGAAGGCGGAGAGGGAGCGUCUGGAGAGGGAGCAGCAGGAGCAGUUGGACAGAGAGCAGCAGGACUGGGAGAGAGGGAGGCGCAUCUCCAACGCUGCCUUCGAAAGCACCCUGUUCACGCCGACACCACAGGAGCACAACAGAACACCCUCCACACCUGUCUCUCCAUCCACACCCACCUACCCCACACCUGGGACCCCGUGCCUCUCAUCCGCCACACCCCCGACCCCGCCUCUGCGCCACUCCGCUUCACGAUUCGCCACCUCGCUCGGUUCCGCCUUCCACCCGGUCCUCCCUCAUUACGCCACAGUUCCGAGGCGACAGCAGGCCGUUCCUCAAACCCCGCCUGCACCUGCACCCGCCCCUCAUCCUUCUCCUCAGCCCCCGCCAAAGUCUGCCGUGUGGUCAGCAUACAACUUUACCCCCUUACCCCCAUCACCUCCGGUCAUGAUAAGCAGCCCUCCAGGGAAGGCUGCCGGCCCGCGGCCGCUCAUCCCCAUCGCAGCGCCGUCUCCUCUCACCCAAAAGCCCCCAUCGCCGUCUCCCAACGGCCCCCCAAUGUUCCCAGCACCAUCCCCGGUCACCAUCCCACACAGCCACACCCCUCUCGGCAUCAUCUGCCCGACCCCGCCCCCGCCUCCUACACCUCCACCAUUCCCCUAUCCUGCAGCUUCUUCUUCCUGUGUCUCGUCUCCCCCCUCCUCAUCCCAUGCACCUGGUCUGCCCUCUCCCUCCACAGCGCCCCCUGCUGCUGCUGAGCACCUCUCCCUCCCUGUGGGCCUGGGCCUGUCAGGGGAGCCGGACGCAGCCACAGGCCCAGAGACCCUCCAACCGCAGGGGGUGUCCUCCCAGCCCCAGGACGUGGCGCAGACAGCGGGCCUGACCACACCCACCCCUCCCCCACCACCACCCCUGCCACCCGGCUCCACUGUGACCUCUGCGGCUGCCACGCCGGCCGCCACCCCAACAACCCCCUCCGGCCACCCUCCCCCUCCCCCUCCACCACCCCUGCCUCCGACGCUGAGCCCGGCCGGAGCGGCCGCUCCACCCGCCGGGCCCCCUCCUCCCCCGGGCGCUCCACCCCCUCCCCCGGCGCCCCCCCUCCCAGCCGGCCUGUUCUCUCCUGCAGAGGACCGUCCCCUCUCAGGGCUGGCUGCUGCCCUCGCAGGAGCCAAACUGCGGAAAGUGCCAAGGAGCGACGAUGCAGGGGCAGCUCUGGCAGCAGCAAUGUCGGGGGCCGCAGCGGCUGCAGGGGCCAAACCGGAGAGCAGAGGCAACGGACCUCUUCCCGGAGGAGGUGGUCUAAUGGAGGAGAUGAGCGCCUUGUUGGCCAGAAGGAGAAGAAUUGCAGAGAAGGGAUCGUCACCUGAACCCGACCAGAGAUCAGAGGAGGGCGAGAUAAUGACGACCCCUAAAGUGUCGGCCUGUAGCACACCAGAUAUGCCCCGGAAGCCGUGGGAAAGAACAAACAACAUGAACGGUAGCAAAUCUCCAGUCAUCGGAAGACCCAAAUCGACUCCGACACCCACGUCCUCCCUGACCACCAACGGGGUGCCCUCAGAGUCGGUGGACUACGACAGGUUGAAACAGGACAUUUUGGACGAGAUGAGAAAGGAACUGUCGAAGUUAAAAGAAGAGCUCAUUGAUGCAAUCAGGGAGGAGCUGGGACGGUCCAGCACAGCGUAGAGGAUGGUCACCACCCACGAGACCCCACAAAGGAAAGUUGGGUCAGUCCAUGAUGACACAGCAGCACAGAACAAAAACAACAACAAAGAUGACGCGGACGAUAUUGGAGGAGGAGCAGAACAACAAAGAAAAGGGUGGACGGUGGGAGACUUGUAACUUUCAUAGCUGUGGCUCCCCCUCGCCUCCCCUCCUCCUCCUCAAGAGGGCGCCCUGGACAACAGUGAGGAAGAAGAAGAAGAAGCCUUUAUGCAAAGAUGAAACCCACCUUUUCUUUCCCCAAAUAACUAACACUCAUCGAAGAUCCAACUAACCAACGGAGAGCAAGAAAUCUGAGCACGUUCUUGUCCUUUCUUAUCAAAAGAGGGAAACUCCCAUCAUGCCAUAGGGUGAGCGUGAAAGCCUGUGCGUAUGUUUGAGAGUGUGUGUGUGUGUGAGUGAGUGUGUGUGAGUGUAUGGGGGCAGGACGGAUCGUCUCUGAAGUCCACCUCUGCAGGACACUGUAAAGCUCGUCUUCCUCAAAUACUAUUUUAACCUGAAUAUGUACAAAAGACAGAAAAGUUAUUUAGUAAAGAAUAUCUAUCCACCAUGUCUGUUUUAGGUCGGCGCCAUAUCCAGUAGCUAAAUAAUCCCAUGUUUCCUCGUCGGUCUGUGGACUCUUUCUUUUUUUUUUCGGUUCAUGCCGACAUAAUAUCACUUGUUCAUCCUCCUUUUCUAUCGGUUCCUUUGCCACGAAGUUGCAUCUGUUGUUACAAGCAAUAAGUGUAGCAUCCCUCAUACAUCCCGUGAUGUCACACUUUUAUAUGUUUUCGGUGCGUGAGAGCAAAACUGUAGAACUCUUUUUCUAAAUCGUCACACCCGUUUGUCUGUCGUCGUUUUCUCCAUAAUAUCCACGGAUGAAGUAUCGUAGCUGCGUCUGAGCUUCUUCAUGUUGACUUUAUUUAUACUGGCGUGACAGGAAAGCUGAAGAUGAUGUCGUCGAUAGAGAUGUGAACGUGCCAUUUGCUCUUCACCGGUGCUUUUAUUUACCUCGCCUUUGCUUUGGAGCUGCUUUUUUUUUUGCCCCAGAAAUUCUGCUGGUCCACACAGUACAAUCAUGAAGACUUGGGAGACGGACUGGCUGUCUGCACGAGGUCCUCAGCUGAGAGAUGCAGUUGCCUUCACUCUUAUAACAACAGGCUAGUCAAUAUGUUAGCAAGAGUUUAUAUCAUCCCAGCCUUAAACGCAUUUUCAAAGUCAUAUAUUGUCUAAAAUUAUGAACAUAUUUGCUGUAACCAAGGAUUAAAAAAGUGCUAUCCCAACUAGUACAACUGUAUGAAAAGUCUGUCAAGGAAGUUUCUGAUCCAUAAUUUCAAAAAUACUUUGCUUUUAGGCAGAGUUGGUGCACGAAACGUGCUCAUCUUGGUGCUGACUAGUGCAGCUCAGUUGGGUCUCAUUUGACAACCUCAGUCUGGACAUCGAAGCUACAAUAAACAAUGACAGCAAAAUACUGUGAUUCAAAGAGAUAAAUGAUGUCUUUUCAUGGCAAAUCCGAAUCAUAUUUAGUAGACAUCCUCAUCCCGCUGAGAGGCAUCCGGAGUGUUUACAGCAUAGAUCGCACUUUAGGACAGAAGAUUUAGCGAAGGGCCCAAACAUCCUGUCGCCAACUGAAGCACCACCAAAGGAAUCAACACAAUCACGCUCAGCAAAGUCGCCUUUUGUUCCUAUUUUUGUAUCAUAUCGUCAGACAGGUGAAAUAAGUUCGUGGACGGUUCGUGCCUUGUUCCGAAGUUGCAUUUAUCAUGAAGAUUAAACCGCAGGAGUUAUUCUGAUGGCAGUUUUUCCUUCUUGGUGUUGAGAAAAGGGAGAGUUGGUUCCCUGUUAUUAUAUAUUUACACCUUCUUUUUUUUUUUUUUUUUUUUUUACACCAAUUUGUCAAGCGUACAAUCAAACAUGCGAGACAAGAGUUGCGUGGUGGAGAGGUUGGCGUUCCCUCAUGCCAUUUUCACAUCUUCACACGCCUGGAUUACAUCUGCCAUCAUGGAUCACAUGAGGGGACAGAAGGAGCCGUGCUGGAAUGUUACGCUGUAGAAUUGAAGCUGAAGCUUGAGAAAGUUGCAAAGGUUGGUUUAUCGAACACUGUCAUCCUGAAGGUUCCGUUCUGUUCUCAUGUUACUUUGUCUUUUCUUACAUGCUAACAUUGUUUUUGUUUGAGCAACUUCAAUAAAAAUUGCAAUAUGA